UUCCCUUUUCAAUUAUUAAAAUUCAUUGUCUCUUGCCAAAGAAUCAUAUAUAAAUAUGCUCUUUCUCCUCUGUUUUUCCCUGCAAUAUCAUCAUUGGCAGCCAUGGAAACUUCACAGCCUCUCUCAAUUGAAAGCUUUUCAUACAGUUGGUUAGUGAACUUAAAGCCUUCUCCAUACCUAACACCUUCUCUAGAUGAUCUUGACAGCUCCCUCCGAGGUUCGCUCGAUGCCUACGACGAAGCGUUGUUCAUCAAGAUGGACCCAAGGAUGCCGCCUUCGAGGAGAUUCUUCCGAAACUCUAAUGAUUUCAAGUUUGAUUUCCCGAUUUCACGGUCUCCCCUCACCCUUGUUCAUGCCGAUGAGCUCUUCUCCGAAGGUCGUGUCAUGCCUUUCUUCGUUAACAAUUCAAAGAAGACUGAGGCCUACGAUGUCUCCGGUACGGCUCCGACACUACCUACCUCUCCACUUGCGCCGGACGUCGAUAUUCCGCAAUGUAAAACGAAUCAUCAUCCUUCUUUGAGAAGGUGCCGAAGGUUGUCAAGGCGGAUAUUUUCCAAGUACUUGAAUUUCCUUCGGCCCUUAUACCGAAGUAUGUUACGACGAAGCAAGUCGAGUGGUACUAGAGUCGAAAGUGUCGAUCCAAGAGGUCAUGUGAGGAAGAACUGGCUAUACUCGACCGGAACAUCUCCUAGGAUCAGCGUCGCGUACUCCGCCGACGAAUGGCGAAAGUCAUGUGAUUCCGAAAGCUCGAUCUACGAGGCAGUCCUCCAUUGCAAAAAAUCAAUCGGAAAAUGAGUGGAGGAGAAACCAUUUGAAAUCGACAUGAAGAGAGGAAACAAGUGGUCUAAAGAAAAUCAUUGACAACUUGUUAUUUGUCCUUGUUUUCUGCUCUUCUGACAUUGACAAUGUACAUUUUGGUGCUGUAAGGAUGUUAAAAACAAUGAGAAUGUUUAUGCCCAUUGAAUUCUGGCCCUCAAGAGGGAAAACUGUAGGGUCUCACAAAUCAAAGUAUAUCUCUCCUUCAUUUCUGUAAAGUUUUAAUUUUCUGAAUACAAUAAAGGAUUUUUUGUUUGUUUGAGGGUAC